AUGGCACACAACCUCGGUCUGCACCUGGACUGUUCCAAGUGGACAACUGCUGGCAUGGUAUCAGAAGAAGAGGCAGAAGCAAGAAAAGUGACGUGGCUCUUCGCCACGGGCCUAGGUCGGCCAAGCAGCACCACAAAGUCCACCAUAACAUGUCCCAAACCCAGUAUCGACACCACGGAAGAGUACACCCCCUGGCUGCCAACUUCCGACUCACCCUAUGGCGAGAAGUCGCUGGGUGUUCAUUCCCACAUAUCUUCGACGGCCUGCCACGUCUCGGAAAUCAUGACUAUUGCGUGCGAAGCAAUGGACGUAAUUUAUGCAGCGAACAGUAAGCUGUCCGUUCGAGAAAUCGAAGACGUCGUCAGCAAGACGGACGUGGAGCUGCGUACGCACUACAGGGAGCUGCCAAGCUACCUCCGUUUGCCGGCUUCGCCCAAGGCGCCGAUGCUUCCUCACGUGUGUCUGUUUCAGCCGCUUGUGCACAAAAAGAAGAGGCGGUCAGUUGUGAGUGUCAACGCAUCUUCAGAAGAUGGUGGCGAUGAGAACGAUGAAUACGUGAACCAACACAUGGCAAUAUGCCGUGACUCGGCAACGGAGAUUGCAAAGCUGUUGCGGAUAUACAAACAGCAGUACACACUCCGCCGCAUUCCCAUAGCAGCGGUUCACCUCUGUUUCUCAGCCACCGUCAUCCACCUCAUCGACGCUCGUCCUCGGAACCCGAACAGACAACAGGCGAUCCGCCAUCUACAAACCUGCAUCGAUGCGCUGCGCGAUCUCCGUACCGCGUGGUGGACCUGGAGCGAUCGGGCGCUGCGAGCUGUGCGGUUAUUAGCCCGCGAGUGGUACCAGUGUGAAGAUGUCUCACAACUGCAGCACUGGAGCGGUCUCAGAGUUGAGACAGCAAAUGGGCUGUCGGGAGAUUGCGACAUAACCGACGGAGCGGUUAGAGGGGGCCAGAGGACUAGGCUGGGGCCCUUUGGUGAGUCAAGGGAUCAGGAGACGGGUGGCCGCGCGAGUACUGAGAGUGAUACGUUGGCAUUUUUGUUCGACGUUGCAACACCGGAUCAGUACACGGAUAGUCUUGUCAAGGAAUGGCUGGCGGAAAGUGGGUAUGAUGUGCUUAAUACCAUUGUAGAAUAG